GACAAAUGUUGAAUUAGUUAUGGAAUGAAGAGUGAGAGAGAUUAUACAAAUAAAUAAAUAUAAAUAUAAAUAUAAAUAAAGAAUAGAGAAGAACAUAGUACUUGAAUGAAGAGAUUUGGCUUGUACUUCCAUUACACUUGAAGUAGUUACUGUGUCAACUUUAGUAAUUAAUUUGGAUCAUUUUGGAGGCAAAAUAUGGCUAUGCAACCUGUUUAUCUUAAAGAACAUGAAGGAAAUGUCCACAAUUCUGUUGGACAGUUUUCAUCUGUGACUUCAGCACCAUGGUGGAGUAAUGCCUAUGGAUCUCAACCUGUUUAUGGAGGAGACUCUUGUGGCCAAAUGAAACCUUUUUCACUAGAGCUUUCCAACUACAUAGACCAACUUGCUCCGAGUAAGAACUUAGUUCGAGGAGUUGAACAAUUGUUUGAUAAAGGGCAUACAAACCAAUUCACCAUCUUUCCAGAUGAUUGUAAGAUGUCAGUUGAUACACCAAAUCAUCAAGCAACCUUAUCCCUGCAAUCACCAUUUGCUGCCGAGCCACUUAAUCGAUUUGAGCUAGGUUUUAACCAGUCUAUGAUCUGUGCAAAAUAUCCGUAUAUGGAUCAAUUUUACGGGCUCUUCUCGACUUAUGGACCUCAAAUCUCGGGGCGAAUUAUGCUUCCGCUUAGCAUGACAUCUGACGACGGACCAACAUACGUGAAUGCUAAGCAAUACCAUGGAAUCAUCAGACGCAGGCAUUCUCGUGCCAAAGCUGUGCUUCAGAAUAAAUUGAUAAAGCGUAACAAGCCAUAUAUGCACGAAUCGCGUCAUCUACAUGCAAUGCGUAGACCAAGAGGAUGCGGUGGUCGUUUCUUGAACACAAAAGUUUCUGCUAAUGGAAACGGUAAAAGCGGGAGUGAAGAGAACGGAAACAUUGGUGGCCUACAGCUGCAGUCCAGUGGUUCUCAGAGUUCCGAAGUCUUACAAUCUGAGGUUGGAACUUUAAAUUCGUCGAAGGAGACAAACGGAGGCAGUCCAAAUGUCUCGGGGUCAGAGGUGACUAGCAUGUAUACACAGGGAGUUCUUGAUAGCUUUACUGUCAAUCAUAUCGGAUCUACUGUCCACUCUUUGGGAGACAUGAUCGAUACUGGACACGGUAUCGUCAUGCCAACAAAAUGGUUUGCAGCAGCUGGCAGACAGCUGCUGGAACCAUAAGUUUCGAUUCAGAAAGGAAACAAGUGGGUUUGGUACAAUGUGAAAUAUUUUGCACCAAACUCAUCCUUUCCGAGACCAGAUGAAGAAGCUAUGUUUCAGUUUGUUGUGUUUACUACGACAAAUUUAGUUUCGGAAGACUACUUUUCCAUCUGGUGCUCAGGCAACUCAUUCUUGGCUUAUUCUCAGGAAACUCAUCCUUGGCUCGUAAUAUUUAGUAGUAUUGUCAUUGUCUUUCCGCGCAGGCUUGCCGUGGCAUGGUAGGCAUGCUAAUGACUUUGGUAUUUUCAUGCAGUUAUAACUAUGAUGUGUCUUUGUUUGUUGUUAAAAUAAAAAACAUGAACUCUAGCUAGGUGCAUGUGUGUGUUUUUAAUCUUGUCUACUAAGUUUGGUGUUUUGUAAUGGAUUUCUGACUUUAUGGAGCAAUGUAUUGUAACUCUACUAAGAAGUGUAACAUUUUAUUUCUCCCUCUCUAAGGAUUGUAUAAGAACCUCUUAUUUUCAGA